GCGUAAACAGAUGAGGAUUUUUCGGAACAGCAGCGAAUAUGAACUUAUGUAGCAAGUGCUAUAGGGAUCAACUCAAGACAGAUGAACAAUCAGUUUUAGCCAAAGCGGCUUUCGAGAAAUCUGCAAACCCUAAGAAAGAUCUUACAGCCCAAGCAGAAUCAGUUGGCUCGAGUGAUUCUACUGUUGCAUACGAGACUACGGCUUCGCCAAGUUCAGCAUCGUCAGAUUCAGCAACAUCUAGUAGUAAUGGAAAAAGUGGUUCUGUAGCGAAGAAUAGAUGUUUUAGUUGUAACAAGAAACUGGGAUUGACAGCGAUCAAGUGCAAGUGUGGACCAGUAUUCUGCUCGGCUCACCGUUACCCGGAGAAGCAUUCAUGUGAGUUCAACAACAAGGGCGUUGGGAGAGAAUCACUUGCAAAAUUGAAUCCUCAAGUCAAGGCGGACAAGAUGAUUGACAGAUUUUAAUCCCAGAUAUUAUCUCUGGGGUAUCAUUUUGACAGAAUGAAUAUUGUAUUCGUCAAAUAAUUAUCA